AUGGACUUCCCUGCGCCGUUCAAUGCAAUGGCCAACGCGCAGCUUCUCAAGGCUGAGCAAGACCUCUACACCGAGUCUUGUCGCGCCAUGACGCGCUCCUCCAUGACCGCGGGUGUCGCCACAGUCACGGGCAUCACGACGGCCGGGGCCUCGGCAGCCGUGUACAUCCCGUUUUUCGUCCACCAAGUGAACUACAGCAGCAACAUCAACACUCAGCUCGCAGAAUGUUCCGCCGAAGUUCGCCGCCGCGGACUUGAGUCGCUCGAUACGGCGUACGGGCGGAUCUUCUUCGGUGCGGUGCUGACGUGUACCGGCAGCAUCGUGGGUCUCGUUGUGCCAGGAAGCGACUUGGCCGCGGACAUGUGGCUCGCUCCUGCGGCCGAAGCGACGGCUGAGGCAAUCCUCGUGAGCCGAGUAGGCGAGGCAGCCAUCCACGCAGCGGACCGCGUGGUCGAGGCGCUCCAGAACGCGGUCGUCGUGGACACGUUCUGCGAGAUCGCAGGCUUUGAUGUGGUCGAGAAACUGCACCCGUUCCAGAAUUUUCUUCACGACAAUGAAGCUGUCAAGGCCGAGCUGACCAAGCGAAUCGAGAUGCAGGCGAUCAGCACUCCUAUAGCCACCAUCGAAAUAUGUGCGGCACCGAUCCACGAGAAUCUAGCACGACGAGACGUGGAAGCAUACGUCGAGACCAUCACUGCGAACCAGAAGAAGGACGAACGCACAAAGCUGACGGCCGCGGCGGUUUACGCUGCACCGUCUGUGCCGUCCAGCGGCGGCGUGUGGAGCUGGGUGUGGGGCUGGGUGUUCUACUCCUCACCGGUUGUUACACCGGGCGGUGUCUCUGGUGACAUCUCGACCAUGACGGAGACGCAAGUCAAGGCCAAGAUCGAGGACCUUCAGCGAUGCAGCGUUGCGCAACUUCGUAUCGUCUACGAUAAGGUCGCUGACACGCUCACGCUGAGCAACAUGACCAACGCACAGCGACUGGAGAAACAUCUCGAGGCUUUCGUGCUUGCACGGUCGCUCGUGUUACUCCACUACGAUCUCGACCAGUGCCGCACGGUCGGCGAUGGGUACCUCGCCGACGAGACCAAGACGAGCUCGAAAUGCGCGUCCGUGGCAUUGAUCCAAGCGGCUUCUGCGGUCUCGGCGGCCAAGCCUACGCAGCUAGACCUCCUUCAGUGGAUGGAGCCAAACGAAGUUGUCGCGACGCACAUGGUCCAGUGGCGUCAGCUAAACUUAGGCGUGCAAGAGCAGCGCGUGAAGGAGCAAGUCGAGGCCAAGAAGCGAGACACGGCAUGCCAUUUUGGUGGAGCGCGUACAGCCUAGAGAGAGCGUCAACACGUACACUUCCCGCGCCAGCAGCGAGCUUACUCGUCGAAUAACCAGCAAAACCCUCCAACCUCGUUUGUAUCAGA